ACGUCAUUCAGUCUUCUUAACCGCGACAGUUUUCCACAGUUAACCUUAAUUUUUUGUUUGUUUAUUAUGUUAGUCACUAGUCAAAUGCAGUGCACAGACUUACAUUAAUGGACUAAGUCAACAAUUAGCUGUCAAAGUUUGUGAAAUUACAGAGCUAAUUUAUUUCAUGGUUUCCUGCUGGAUUGAUUAAGUCAUGAUGGCUAACGCAGAACAUGCGGAGUUGAAGUCUUCACUAUCCGAAGAAAAUGAGGCUUCCCAGUCUCUGACAGAAUUAGAAACGAACACACAGACUCUUGAAGAAGCCAAUGCAAUGUCGCCCUCGUUCGGCGAUGAGAGGUGUCUCUCAGUUGAAAGUGCAGAAGGCACAGAAACUCAGAAGAGAAUAAUGGAUGAAAAAAUCUCUCCCAUUGAAAGGCAACUUGAAUACUUGCUGAACAAGGCGGAUGAGUUUCAAAAACAGCUUUUAUGGAGUCGAGAGUGCCUCCAGAAUUAUGGGUUUGCCCAUAUUGUCCCCAUGUUUUUGCAAACUUGUCAGCCGUACUUCACUUACCUGGAGUCCACAGCCAGAAACUCCAACCCCUUCCGUCCACCUCUGUCCACAUAUAUACGUGCACAACUUUUGCAGUUUUCUCAGCAACUGUGUUCUCGUCUGGAACAGCUGGUGUUGCUGUACGCCUCCUUCAGUUUCUUCUCUCUAGAGGAAUCCGAUCCACUGAGUAUCUCUCACUUCUAUAUUGGCCAGUGUCAAAUAGACAACAUGAAGCUGUCAAUCUUCCGGUAUUGUUGCCCUACUCCCUUUCUUGCAUCAGCCAGUACAAGCCUAUACAAACGUAUGCGCUGGAAUGUGGAGCGACAGAUAGAGGGAGAAGGAGAAGGACAGACAUAUGACAGUGCAGAGUUUUACUUCCUGUGCUGCGAGGAGGUCAUUGAGGCAGCAGAUGAUAAGGAUGGAGACGGAAGGUGCGAGGGAGAAAAUACAGAAACUGAGAGAGAGAGUAGAGUAGAGAGGAUUUGGUCUAUUGGCCGGUGGAUUCAGACAUACCCUGAUCCACACACAGAGGACAUCACUGAUUGGGUGCUGUGUUCAGUUCCUUGUGGUCAGUACAAGCAGCUGUUGUGUCUGGGAAGUGAGGAGCCUUCUUCCUGCACCGCCACAGACUGCCUGCUGGGGGUGCUGCUGUCCCAGGAAACAGAUGGUACAUUUGGCAUGAAAAUAUGAGCUGGUGCUCACUUAGGGCCUCACCCAUUUUGGAUGGAGCAUUUGGUUUAUUCAAAUCAGAUGUGAGUACAGUUGAAGUUAAAAAUUGACAUCUGUCAAGUUUUGCAAUUUUUCAUACGUUUUUUUUUUAGUUCAUGGCUGUUAUUGUUGGUGUUGUUGAGCCAUGUUGGUUUGUUAUGUGGUAAAUAAUUUACACUAGUGAUGGAAAGCUUGUUAAACAGAGUAAAAGUUCAAGAUUUAGUGUCAAACCAACUUUAUUUUUCAUGAAAACAUUAAAAUACAGUGGCUAUCCAAGUAGUCUGUUACAAAAUCCAGAAAUAAAACCUGCUGGCAUUCAAGGUCCACUGCCUACUUUUCUCUAUAAAACAAAGAAAUAAAACAAUCCUUCAUUUCAAAAUAAUAAAUUACAAAAAUAUACACAAUAAAAGCUGGAAUAUGUACCAAGUUAUGUCUUUACACAGUUGUUGGAAAACAUGCUAAAGAUCAGUGGAAAGGGCAGUGCAUUAUGAAUAACGCCGUUGUAUUCCUUUAUGUGUUUUAUUGUUAAAAAAGCCCAGUCAAAGCUACUUCUCAGUGCAUUGGUUUUACUGCUGGUUUGUGUAUCUAUACAGAAGCUCACCCUGUAUG